CCGGGGGAGGGACUCAGACACGCCUCACGCUGUGGGGAAGGCGGCCAGGCCAGGAGGGAGCGUGCUGGGCAGGGAAGGGUUAAGCGCAGGGCUUUCCCACCCCGUCUCCCCCGCCCCAGAGCACAUGGGGCCGGGCUGCAAUAGCGCAGGGACCUUCCUGUCCCAGCCCCGCCGCAGCCCCGGCCGGGCGGGGAGAGGGGCGCGGGGAUCCCGGGCGCUGGCGCGGCGCAGCGAGAGACACUCACCGCAGUCGAGGCAGGAAAUCGCUGCCCGGAGGCAGCGGCCGGAGCGGGGGGAUCGGAGCCGAACUGGCACCGGAGAGACCCCCCCAGCCAGCUCCGGGGCAGCCCGGGGGUCUGUGCAGCUAAGCCAAGCAGGGACCCCCCCACCCAGCCCGCUGGGCCUUCGGGGCAGCCCCGGCCCCUCCUCUCCCCGCGGGGCAGGGUUGGGGGGUUCGCUCCUGCCCCUCGGAGUCUCCCUCCCUUGCGGGGUGCAGGGAAGGGGCCCGGCUGGAUUUCGCCCCCCAGCAACCACCAGGACGCAGGCGGGGAGCCCCCGGGAGCAGGGCCUGCAGAGUGGAGCUGCCUGGGGGGGAGACUCAUGCCGGGAGCCCCCAUGGGCGACGCUCUGACCAUCUGCCCCGACUGCGGGAAGAGCUUCCGCCAUUACUCGUACCUGGUCACCCACCGGCGCGUCCACACCGGGGAGCGGCCCUACAGCUGUGCCCAGUGCGGCCGGGGCUUCUCCCAGCACUCCAGCCUCAUCCGGCACCGCCGCACCCACACGGGCGAGAGACCCUACCGGUGUCCUGACUGCGGCAAGGCCUUCGCCCUCAGCGCCUCCCUCCUGACCCACCAGCGCACCCACACCGGGGAGCGCCCCUACGGCUGUGCCCAGUGCGGAAGGGGAUUCAGCCAGCGCUCGGCUCUGGUUACCCACCAGCGCACCCACACCGGGGAGAGACCCUAUAAAUGCCCUGACUGCGGGAAGAGCUUUGCCAUCAGCUCCCACUGCACUGCUCACCAGAGGAUCCAUGGGGAUCCGGGCGGGGAACCCCCGUACCGGUGCCCCCAGUGUGGGGAGGGCUUCCGGCUCCGCGCCCGCUUCCUGCAUCACCGGCGCAGCCACGCGGGCAGCAAACCCCACCGCUGCCCUGACUGCGGGAAAGGAUUCUCCCGCAGUUUCCUGCUCAAGACGCACCAGCGGAUCCACACUGGAGAGCGGCCCUACCCCUGCCCCGACUGUGGGCGCCGCUUCCGGCAGAGCUCCCAUCUCACCCACCACCGGGCCACCCACACUGGAGAGCGGCCCUACCGCUGCAGCCACUGCGGGGAUGCCUUCCCUUGCAGCUCGGAGCUCUACCUGCACUACCGCAGCCACACCGGGGAGCGGCCCUACCAGUGCCAUGACUGUGGGCGCAGCUACACCACCAACGGCAGCCUGCGGCGGCACCGUGCCAGCCACGCCGUGGGCUAGGGGGUGCAGCCGGCUCGGCCCAUGGGCACCCUCCUGGGCAAGGUGCUGCAUCUUCCUGGCUCUAGGCAGGGCCUUUGUGGCUGUUUGCUGGGUGGAUUGUACUGGGGAAGAGAGCUAGGGAUGGGUUAUAGGGGGCUAAAGGUGGAUCAUACCAGGAGAAAGAAGGAACACAGGGAGAGAUCGAUGGGUCAUCCAGGUGUAGAGCUGGGUCAUACCUGUUAGAAUGUGAAAAGCAGCUCCACUCCAUCUCCCCCUGGCCCUGAUGUUGAGGUUUUCAAAAUGAUCUGAAGUAUGCGUGUAUUUUUCCAAGCACCUUGAAAUAGAGUGUGAGUGUAUCUAUCUGUUCUUAGAUGCAGAAUUAUGUUCUAUGGCUCAAUAUAACAAUCAGCCGACCCACAGAUUGUGCAGGUAGGGGAUGUGAUGUUGAAAGACACUGGCGGCUGCUAUCAGGUGACAAUCGCAGACCUCCUUCGCGCCACUGGCUCCCGUAUGGAGUAGAGAGAGCCACCGAGAAAGGAAGCGACUGCCAAGAGACAUGGCGGGUCAGAACUGAGCUGGUUGCAAACACGAGCAUUAGGAGAUCAGCGUGGGUUGGAGUCAGCAAGCCAAGAGAAGGAGAUGGGAGCAUGACUCUGACAGGAAGCAGAGAGACAGAGCUUCUUGGUCACAGAGCCCACUGGAGGGGCAAAGGUGGGGACUGUGCUGCAGGGAACCUGCCUGCUGUUUGUUUUCUGCGGUGUAUAGGGAAACAGGGUACGGUGGGCAGUCUUUGUAAAUAAACACCAUCACACCUGGAAUAGA